UUCAAAUUCAAAUUGAGCAUGGAAGUGUUGAACGUUAAUCCAGAUCAGAAUGGACAGAGCAGGCAGAACAACAAAAUGCAGAUUGCAGAAGGAAUGUAAUUACUGUGGGUUGACACUCAUCAGGGGGAGCAGCCUACGUAUUUGUACUUUUGUAGAAUUUCGAAUAGUUCCCUCGCAUUUUGAGAGGCGUUAAAUCACAAGAUUAUUGUGCAACCACAAAGAAAGAGUGACAAAGAACGGGAUUCGCUGCAUAUAUUAUACGGACAAAGGAAAGCUGUAUUCUAACAAUUGAUUGUAAACAACCGAACUACUACAAUUGGGAACAUUUGAAAUGGUUUCAAGUUAUUUUUCCUUCAGAGCGUUUAUUGGUUUCCGUGUUCCAGAAAUGUAAUGCAACGUAGCCUACUCUACAAUUAUAAAGGAAUUCACUUUACAGUGACAUCCGAGACGAUUUGUUAUUCUAUUCGGAGUCAAAAGAAAGAGAAAAUAAUAGAAAAAGACAUUACCUAUCGAUUGAGAUAAAACUGGAAUGAAUAUCCUGCACGGAGACAGGAAGAUUUUAACAAUAUGGGAAAAAGGAGCCUUCCCUGAACUGUAAAAAUGUAUCCAUCACACAGAGAAAGGGAACAACCCAUCUUCAGUGCCAGAGCACACGUCUUCCAGAUAGACCCGUCCACCAAGAGGAACUGGCUCCCUGCCAGCAAGCAUGCAGUCACCGUCUCCUUCUUCUACGAUGCCAACCGGACUGUGUAUCGCAUCAUCAGUGUGGGUGGCACCAAGGCCAUCAUCAAUAGCACCAUCACCCCCAACAUGACAUUCACCAAAACAUCCCAGAAGUUUGGCCAGUGGGCUGACAGCCGUGCCAACACCGUGUACGGACUGGGCUUUGCCACCGAGCAACAGCUUCAGCAGUUUUCAGACCAGUUCAAGGAAGUGAAGGAGGCAACACGUCUUGCCAGGGAGAAAUUCCAGGAGAAAUUUGAACUGAUCAACCCUACGCUAAAUAUCGCUGCCCCUCAGGAGCUGUCAGAGGACCGCCACUCGCCGCCGCUGCUGACUGUCAAUGGGCCCGAGGACAAGCUGUUCCGCAGCAAGAGCGCCGACAUGGAGCAGCUGACGUCAGAGAAGGAGCGCAUCAAGAAGAUGCUGUCUGAAGGGUCCAUAUGUGAGAUUAACCUGGAGGCAGAGCUGUUCACCCUGCAGGAUAGCAACGCUAAGCUAGUGGCGGCGCUUCACGAGGCUAACACUGGUGUGGUGGAGUGGAAGAAACAACUGGCUGAGUAUCAGGAAGAGACUGAGAGGCUCCGAGAUCAGGUAAGUGCUAUGGCGACAGACCACUGCUAUUCUGGCUGUCUGCGUCCCAGCUACAAAAGAUCUAGAUGCAUAAUGGUUGAUUAUUAGGUUUAAGAAUGGGUAACCCUUUGCCACGUUGGUGUUAGAAGUAGGAUCCUGACCAUGAGAGAGAUCCUUCUCAAAGCAACAGCAGAUGAUCUACUUAAGAUCAGUGGUCCCGUGGCAGUUCAAGGGGCUAGAUUUCCUGAUUUGGGGGGGUUAAUGUGGGUGUCUUUCUCAGCGAUUUUUUUUUUUUAAAUAGUGGAAAAUAUAAGUUUGCCUUUUUAGAUAAAACUAUACUAAAUAUAAUCACAGCACCAAAUAACUGAUUAAAACACUGUUUUGCAAUGAAGGUCUACAGUAGCCUCAACAGCACUCUGUAGGGUAGCACCAUGGUGUAGCCGGAGGACAGCUAUUUUCCGUUCUCCUCUGGGUACAUUGACUUCAAUACAAAACCUAGGAGCCUCACGGUUCUCACCCCUUUCCAUAGACUUACACAGUAAUUAUGACGACUUCCGGAACAAUUCUCCAACCUAUCAAGCUCUUGCAGCAUGAACUGACAUGUUGUCCAUCCAAUCAAAGAAUCAGAGAAUUAAUCUAGUACUGAAAGGAUAAGCUACAGCUAACUAGCACUGUGUAAAAUGUUGACUCAAAGAGAGAGAAAGGCGAUGGUGUGCGCAACUCAAUAUUAGGAAGGAGUUCCUAGUGUUUGGUAUGCUCAGUGUAUUUAGUAUAGUUUUAUCUAAAAAGGCAA